AUGGCCAGGACGCGUGCAGCGCCGAGAGAACGUCUUUUGGACGUUGCCAAUCGACUCCGGGAGCGAAAGGCUCUAGAAAAGGCAGAGGGAUCCGGAAACACCGUACGUAUGGAGGCAUUUCCCAAUAACAAUACAGUUCGCUCAGCUGGUGCCCAGCCGCCAGUUGAAGCAGCCUCUCAGGCAUGUGCCGUUGGCUCAAUGAAGGACCAGAGCCAGCGUAACCAUAGCGCCGACACACAACAGGACCGCUUUUCAAACAUCACCCCAUCCGACUGCUACCCUCAGGAUCGCUCGCCCUUGUUCAACAUGCUCCCCGCAGAACUGCGCAGAAUAAUUUACCUCUAUGCAUUUGUUCAAUAUGAGUCGCCCUUUAGGUCGUACCCUACGGAUGCACCGUAUUAUCGGCCUGGAUGUACCGGGCCAAAAUGCAUUGAUAUAGCCCUCCUUUGCACAUGCCGCAGGGUUUUCUUCGAGGCGCGGUAUAUCCCACUCCAAACUGCAGUUCACGAUCUCUGGCAACGUGUACCAGCCCCGGAGCAGUACACAACUAAUUUCAAGCCUGCUGGCUUUACAAAGGCUGCGCGCGGGCUAACGGAAUACCACCUCCCACAUAUGCAAAACUUUCAUUUCUACAGCGACUUGGGCGGUUUUUCUAGUGGGGUACACCUGCAUAUAUCAUUCUUUGCGCAUCCCCCCUACCAGUAUAGAUGUAAACCGCGGCAUGUAACCAUUACCGUUCCCUUCUUCGGUUUCCUGGCAUGGCAAUAUGGACUUGAGCCACAACUGUAUGAUGAUGAAGAGACUUUUCUACUUGCCUGGCCCGAUACAAUAGAGGAGAUCUGCAUCCGCUUUGAGUCAAUGGAAGUAUUUGCAGAUACAUUGCACGCGAUGAUGAAAAGGACCAUGACCAAGAAAAUACCACUUUGCAGUAUUGGUGAUAACAGUACUGACGCAGUGCCAACGCGUUAUCUGUCGGCAGAAGGGACAAAAAUGAAGAAGUUCCUGAGCUAUGGUAUUACACUGUGGAAGCGUCUUGGACGGCGAAAGAGACUAAAACCUGAAGCGGAGAUCAAGGUUUGGAUCGAUAUUUCAAGCAAGCCUCUUUGGAGGGACCAGCAGCUCACCUCCUAG